AUGGAAGACUACUAUUUUAAGUAUUUAUACCCAUUUAUAAAACAGCUGAUUACUGCCAUAGCAUUUGUACUAGGUGCCAGGCGUUCAUUCCGUUCAGCACAAUCAACUGAAUCAUUUCAAAGGUCAUUGUACAACUAUUCAUCACUGAGAUAUGGUGAGUCAUUUAUAAACUCAACUGAAAAGAAACCAUUUAGGAUAACUUCGAGCUCGAAGCCUAUCUCUGGAUAUACUGCUACAAUGCUGACAAUUUUCUACUGUAAACAAAUUCCAUUCUGA